CGAUGUGUUCGCGUUGCGUAGUGAAUGGCUGCACACCGUUAUCGCUUGGAAAAUGUACAAAAAUACUAUUUUAGCAUAAAAUAAUAAUUUAGAAUAAAUAUUAAAUGCUAAUGUGUGUGUGUGCCGAGUAUUUACAUUUGCGCAGCAACCGAAUAAUGAAAGCAUAGCCUUCUAUCCUACUGUAACACCCACACUGCUGUUGCUGGCUCAGCAGAGUAAAAAUAAUAAAAGGCGGGUAGCGGAAGAAGAAGCAAUCAAGUGGCAGCAACGAUAACAAAAACAACAGCAGCAGCCAGCAGCCGCUGCGGCAGCUCCGCAGGCAAAAUGCAGAAAGUUAAUUAGCGUGAACAGAAUCACCGCUCCGUGGGUGGUCAGUCGCAAUUUGUGUGUGUGCGCGCGUGUAGGUCAAGAAGGGUGGGCGCCUGGAUGACAUGGAGUUCGCUGAUCUGAUAAAAACACCCAAAUUGGAUGGGGUAUUCCUGCAUACCAAUGCAACAAAUGCAACAGUUGAAGGCACCCUGUGCAUAACGGGUCACCAUUUACUGCUCAGCGCACGCCAGGAGAGCACACAGGAGCUAUGGCUGCUGCACAAGAACAUCGAUUGCGUGGAAAAGAAGCCGAGCAUGGGCCAGAACAUUGUCAUGGGCGGCAUCAUAACACUAAAGUGCAAGGAUUUGAGAAUUAUAUCUCUCGAGAUCAAGUACGCCAAAGACUUCUUCAACGUGGCCGCCUCCUUGGAGGCGCUCAGUGCAAUACAGAACGUGGAGCUGGAGUAUCCAUUCUUCUACAGACCCAUGUACUCAAUACUGGAGGAUGGCUUCACCAUGUUUAGGCCUGAGCUGGAAUUUGCACAUCUUAUCAGCGGCAUGAGCAUGGGCGGAGCCUCGUCACCAAAUGUGGCAAACAUAACAAUUUGCACGCCCUCCACAUCGUCUGUUGGCAUGGGCCAUAGCAGCAUACCCCAUCCGCUGCAAAAUGGAUUCGCAUUGGACGCGGCGACUGCGUUAGUGGGCAGCUGUAGCGGAAGCGGCAACUUUGUGUCGGCCUGCGAGUGGCGAAUCAGCCACGUAAAUAGUGACUUUAGCGUCUGUCCCACAUAUGGCGCCACACUGAUUGUACCUAAAGCAAUUAGCGAUGAACAAAUCGCACUCUCCGCUGCAUUUCGAGAUGGCGGACGUUUCCCAUUGCUCAGCUACAGGCAUGAGAACGGCGCCAUACUGAUGCGCAGCUCACAGCCGUUGUCCAUACAGGGUAUCAAGCGCUGUCGCGCCGACGAGGCGAUACUCAACCUUGUGCUGGGACGCAGUAAAAAGGGCUUCAUUGUCGACACGUGGGGCAAGGGCAAGUCGAACACGGAAACUGAUCUGCACUACUCGCAGUGGAAGAAGGUGAAUCGCGCAAUCGGCAAUGUCACCUCACCCGCCUCCAUUCUGGACAGCUUUGCUAAACUGAUUGAAGCCUGCAACGAUAUUGGAUGCAGUACAGACAAGUGGCUGUCGCGUUUGGAGAACAGUGGCUGGCUAAGCCUGGUGCUCAAUUCGUUGAAUGCUUCGUGUGUGGUGGCCCAGUGCUUGGAUCAGGAGGGCAGUCCAGUGCUGGUGCAUGGCGCCAAGGGUCUGGACUCCACCCUGAUUGUCACGUCGUUGGUGCAAAUCAUCUUGAAUCCAGACUGCCGAACUGUGCGCGGCUUGCAAGCACUGAUUGAACGUGAGUGGAUACAGGCGGGUCAUCCUUUCGCCGCGCGACAUCGCUACUCCUGCUACACUCCACAUCAGUUGAGGAACAAGAACUCGGGCGCCACCUUUGUUCUCUUUCUGGAUUGCAUAUUUCAGCUGUUUACACAGUUUCCGUGCAGCUUUGAGUUCAGCACGCAGCUUCUUAUAUUACUCUUCGAGCACAGUUACUUCUCGCAGUAUGGCACCUUCUUAUGCAACUCGGAGCGCGAGCGACACGAGCUGCAGGUGCACACAAGAACCACCAGCUUGUGGUCGUACCUUAAUCGGCCAGAUGUGCUGCAAACCUUACUUAAUCCCCUGUAUGAGCCGAAUUCCAGCGUGAUUUGGCCCUCUGUGGCGCCCAUUAGUUUGGAACUGUGGAGCGAACUCUAUUUGCGCUGGGUGAUUGAUCAAGGCAAUUUAGCAACUACCAUGACACAAAUACAGGAGCUGAUAACAAGCGAAAAAGAGCUGAGAACCCAGGCAUUCAAGCUGCGCAAACAGGCUGUGGAACUAUGUCAGGAAGUUGCGGCACAAAUACAUGAUCUGGAUAAUGCAUGAGUGGGUUAUCUACCUCACUGCGCAGUUAUCUCUGUGUCUCUCUAACCAUAUUUUAUAUACUAUAUAUAUAUAUAUAUAACAUACAUAUAUACACUUAUUUUUGAUACUUUCUGUAGCCAUUUUGAAUCAAUUGUUUAAGCAACUUUUAUUUUGUAUGAAAGUUCAACACUAAUGACUAAGUCUCGAAAAGUUCCAUUUAAAAACAUUGCUGAAACAAACCCAAGAAUCAAAGAAAAGAAAAAAAAGAUCUGAUUUUCGAUCAAAACAGAGUGUCCGAACAUUUUUUCCUAAAUGUCCAUUGUAAUCUAUUGAAACGACAGUCUCAUCUGUUAAUCUGAAGCGCUCUCUCUCGAUGUAAUUAACAAGCGAUCUCCCUCCUCUGUGUACUUUAACAAAGCUCUCUUGAAACUAACUUGCACAUAAGAUUAUCAAAUGUCUAACAAUUUGAGUCAAUUUUUGACGCAUUUACAUGUAUGGAAUUUUUAGUAAAAUAAGUCUUCAAAUUUACAAUUAUUACUUAACGAUAAACACAAAACUUCGCUAAGCAGCUGAUCAAAUGUAAAAUUGUUCAAUUUAAAAAAUUUGCCUUUUUCGAAAAGUUGGUAUUUUGUAAAUUUUGAUUGAAUCGCGUACAUUUAUUGCUUUUAAAGCGUUCAUAAAAGAAGAGAGUAAUAUAUACAUAAAUAUAUAUUAAUAACGUCAAAAUCUAGCUUAUACUGUCUCUCCCUAUUUUCAUGUGUUAAUAUAAAUGUUUGUAGUUAGUAUGGUAAAAAUAUUGUAUGUUUCUUUCGAAUUGUGAUCGUAUUUGAAAUCAUAGAAAUUCUUAUGUAAUUGAUAUGAAAAUAUUUAUAUAUAUCUAUUGUGCGUAUUUUGAGUGUACUAUGCUAAUUAACAAUUAAGUGCAAUAAAUGCGUAUUAUUUUGCCAACUCA